UUAAAUGCAGGCUGGAUUGGAAACCGGCUGGCUAACGUUAGCCUAUUAAAAUAUGUUUUUAUUGUAGGGCCGUUCUGGUAUUGGCUAGGAUACCAGGCAGUAGUUUUAUUUCAAGACUAUUAUUAGUUGAUUAAAGGUCACGUUCUACAUUAGUAUUCGUAUUUCAGCUGCUCUUCCCUCCCAGGGUAACAAUGUGGCACCUAGCAGACAGAGUUGUUAAUAAUGCUGGGCAUUUUACUCCGGUAGAACAACCAGAGGCAGAAGAUGGUGAUCAGUUCCUCUCGUUUGCCAAGAGGUCCAAGGUUGUGCAGCGUCAGUGUUCAGAGAUGGAGACUGAGCCUAGCCCUCCCCCACAGUCUAGCUCCUUGUCUCAGAGUAGAGACCAUUUCUGGCACAGGAUUCUAUGUCAGCCAAGUGAAGUGUCUCCUGAGCCCACCCCAUCCUACGGCCCAUUUCAGAUGCAGAUGUUUUCAAAUAAACCUGAAGGACUAGUUGGCGUGGACAUGGCAGGAUCACCUCCAGCAGGACAGAGAGUUAAAAAAGGGGGAAGGCUGGGUCUAGGAAAGCUACCUUCUCCAGUGGAACUGAUGGGCCGGAAGAAGAAGGGGAGGACAGGGGGUGCAGCACAGAGCAGCCAGGUGGUGCAACCCAGGGUGGCAGCAGUGCUGCAGCACAUUGGGGACCUCCGCAGGAGACAGAGCUCUAUUGACCAGUUGAAGCAGGGGAGUUGGUGGGGCUCCAAACCCAGGUGUAAGGCAGAAAAGGGCCGUUCCCAGAGGCAAGCAGAGGACAGCAGCAUGACUAUCAGCACCACAGUGGAGAAGCAGGAUGAAGCUACGGACUACCUCAGUCCAACCCUCACUCGUCCUUACACCCAGAAGGAGGGUCUGUUUGGAGGAUUUGAACAAGCAUCCCAUCUUGCUCCUGGAGGAAAUCCGAUGCUGUCAUUUGUCCUGGCAACUGCUGAUAGACAAGCCAAGGGGGGUUGGCAAAGCCCUCGUUUGUCCCACAAUGAAUUUUGGGGUAUUGGGCACACUCCAGAGGAAUAAUUGCAUUUUUGUUACAUUUCUCCAAAGCACUUGUGGAGUUCACAUUGUAUAAGGGCUCGUAGUUUAUAUUGAUCAGAUUCAGAGUUUAAGGGAUAUGUUUUGCAAUGUUACAAUUCAUUUGUUCAGAUUUUACUACUUAAAAAUGAUGUACAACAUUUGGUCAGUUAAUUUUAUACUGGAUAGCCAAGCAAUGAAAAAAAAGUAAAUAAAUACAUAACAUUGCAUUCCAGUGUGACUAGUAUGGUCUUGAACUGGGGAGCCUUAUAUGAAGAAAUGAAUUGGAGAAAAAAAAGGAUUUGACUGGCCU